UGUCAAAAUUAGCCCCUCCCUCUCUCUCCAAUUUAUUUAUUUUCGAUUUUUCUAACCUAAAUUUAGAAUAACACAUAUCGAACGACAAACGAAAAUGUUCAUAACGAUCAUAACAUUCGCUCUAAAUAGUUUUUAUUACGUUUUCAAUUUAGUUUAUGUUAUAAUUUCGAUGUUGCACACAGUUCUGCCUUUCGGAAUUGAUGUUGGAUUAUUGGGUGUUGCUGCGUAUUAUUUGACGAGGUUGAAGAAGCCACAGUACAAUAAUGUGGUCAGCAUCUUCGGGCCUGAGGCUGGAAGCAAGGAGAGCGAACUACAUCCCGAAAAAGUGGUCCGAUGUAUCGCGCACAGAGGCGCGGGCUUGGAUGCGCCAGAAAAUACUUUGGAGGCCUUCAAAUACUGUGUAGACCACAACUGCUACUUCGUGGAACUAGACGUGAGGUCGUCUCGGGACGGUCAGUUAGUGCUCCUCCACGACCAGGGCCUGGAGAGGCUGGCCGGGACCAGCGUGUCUGACGUCCGGGUCAUGGACUGGGAGUCUAUCAAAAACAUCGAUAUAGGGGCUACACAUCCUAAUAGGCACCAUUUCAAGGAGGUGCACCUGUGUCUCCUGGACGAUGCGUUGGACUAUUUGCUGGAUCACAAAGUGCGCAUGAUCAUCGAUGUCAAGGGGGAAGACAAACAGGUCAUCAACGGCAUCCUAAAUACAUUCUCUAACAGACCUUCACUGUACCAGUACGCGGCUGUGACGUGCUUCAACCCUUUCGUGCUGUACCAGAUCCGCAAGAAAGACCCGCAGAUCGUAGGCGCUGUGAGCUACCGUCCCUACUGCUUCAGUGCCCAGGAUUACGACGCGGAGAACGGACCCAACCGACCCAGAUACGGCGAGAACCUUCCCCUCCACGCAGUCCUACGCUUCGCAGACGCUCUCUAUUCACUCGCCUGGCGCUGGGCGGCGCGCUGGUGCGGCGUGAGCGCUGUCCUGCUGCACAAGGACGUUGUCAGCCCUGCUGAGGUGCAGUACUGGCGGUCGCUAGGCGUUCGCUGCGCCGGUUGGUGUGUGAACAGGCCUUUGGAGAAACUGUACUGGCGCGGAGUCCUCAAGGCGCCCUAUUUGGCCAACACGCUUCUCGGGGAACCAGAUAUCGAGAAGAGAGCAGAAGCGAAAGAACGUGAUACCGACGAGAACGAACGCGCCGGUCCGCUCGUUGACAAACUCUUGGAGCCGGAACGGCGAAUGUCCUCCGGGCAGAACUAGGCGUUUAAAAAACAAAAUGUCACUUUGACAGCGCGGGUUCUAAUGUCACUUUGACAGCGCGGACUCUAAUGUCACUUUGACAGCGCGGUUUUGUUUUUUAGGUUCUGCCCGCGUAAAGGAUAGGCAGCCACUAUUCUUUUUAGAAACUGA